AAAUAUUUGAUAUCCAUGAGACCGUAACCAAAAGUUAGGUGCAAUUUGGUAGCGCGUAAUUUGCUCGAAGUUCUUUUUUUUUUCACUGCCGUUACACCUUCCCCUUCCUCUGGCCCGGCUGAUCUUCGAGCGAUCGUCCUUCCGAUCUGGCCGUAAUCCUUGAGUCGCCGGAGCGAUAACUGACCUCAAAUGUCGACGGCUCUGUUCAUUAACAAACUUCCUUUCCUUUCCAUCAUCGUUCUAUUGAUCAAUUACGUCGUCGUUUCCUGUUUGCGGAUUUCAGAUGUUUCAAAUGAAAGCUUCGUUUUUCUCUCCUCAUCGAAUGGCAAUGGCGAAGGGAAUCACAGAAACAACCACACUACAAUGUUUCUCCCUCUCUUUCCUCCUAAAGAAAUCUCUCCACCACGCGAUGAACUCUCCCGUCGACACCUCCAGAAAAGCCCUUCAAGUGCUCGUAUGCCUCUCCACGACGAUCUCCUCCUUAACGGAUAUUAUACGACUCGCCUUUGGAUUGGAACUCCUCCUCAGAGGUUUGCCCUUAUAGUAGAUACUGGGAGUACUGUUACCUAUGUUCCUUGCUCUACUUGUGAACAGUGUGGCAACCAUCAGGAUCCUAAGUUUCAGCCAGAAAUGUCAAGUACCUAUCAACCUGUGAAGUGCAAUGUUGAUUGUACUUGCGACAAUGAGAGAGAGCAAUGUAUUUAUGAAAGGCAAUAUGCUGAGAUGAGCUCUAGUAGUGGAGUGCUUGGAGAGGACAUUGUGUCCUUUGGGAACCAAAGUGAGUUGGCACCCCAGCGAGCUGUUUUUGGAUGUGAAAAUCUAGAAACUGGUGAUCUUUACAGCCAACAUGCUGAUGGUAUAAUGGGCUUAGGUCGAGGGGAUCUAAGUAUAGUGGAUCAACUCGUUGAGAAACAUGUGAUUAGUGAUUCCUUCUCCUUGUGUUAUGGCGGAAUGGAUUUCGGUGGUGGUGCAAUGGUUCUUGGAGGAAUAAACCCUCCUUCUGAGAUGGUUUUUACCCAUUCAGAUCCUCUACGCAGUCCAUAUUACAAUAUUGAGCUGAAGGGGAUACAUGUCGCUGGGAAGGCACUGAAUCUUAAUCCACAGAUUUUCGAUGGAAAACAUGGGACUGUGCUUGAUAGUGGUACCACAUACGUUUACCUUCCAGAAGCUGCAUUUGUGGCCUUCAAGAGUGCUGUCAUGAAAGAACUUCAUUCCUUAAGAGAGAUCGAAGGGCCUGACCCGAACUAUAGAGAUAUAUGCUUUUCUGGUGCUGAAAGUGACGUGUCACAACUUUCAAAAUCAUUUCCCUCUGUUGACAUGGUGUUCAGCAAUGGAAAGAAACUAUCUCUCACACCUGAAAACUACUUAUUCAGGCACUCAAAGGUGCGUGGGGCAUACUGCUUUGGAAUUUUCCAGAAUGGGAAGGACCCAACUACUCUUCUUGGAGGAAUUAUUGUCCGCAACACUCUUGUAAGCUACGAUCGUGAAAAUGAAAGGAUUGGUUUUUGGAAAACUAAUUGUUCUAAGUUAUGGGACACACUUAAUGUAUCUUCAUCACCUCCACCUCCAUCACCGCCCUCGGGCAUGGACAACACAAACUCCACUGCACAUAUGACUCCAGCACUGGCACCUAGUGUACCUUCGGAAAAUUAUGCUCCUGGGGAAAUCAAAAUUGGGCUAAUAUCAUUUGAUAUGUCACUGAGCAUUGAUUAUUCGGAAUUGAAGCCUCGUGUUCCAGAACUUGCCCAUUUUAUUGCACAAGAGUUGGAUGUUUACGUUUCACAGGUUCACUUGAUGAAUUUUUCAACUAAAGGAAAUGAUACCCUCAUUAGAUGGGCCAUCUUUCCUGCAGGAUCUGCUGAUUACAUGUCACAUACCACUGCAAUGGAAAUAACAAGCCGAUUAGCUGGUGAUCGUCUUCAUCUUCCAGAUACAUUUGGAAGCUACAAAUUAGUCAAAUGGGACAUUGAACCCUUAUCGAAAAGGACGCGAUGGCAGCAAAGUUACCUGGCUGUGGUGUUAGCACUUUUAGUUAUCUUGGUACUAGGAUUAUCAGCUUCCCUGGGAUGGUUUAUUUGGAGACGAAGACAAACUCCUACCCCAUAUGAUCCUCUUGGAAGCGUUGAAACUAUGACAGAUGAAAAAGAGCUCCAGCCGCUAAAUUGAAAGAUACUAUAUUACCUAUACUUAGUAUACAUACAUGCAAAGACACUCCUGACGUCCAACUGCUUAUUUUUUUUCUUCAAAUCCCAGUACAGAUAACAAAAAUUUUGUAGAUUGAAGAGAGAAGACUCAAAGAACUGCUCCAUAAUGUCACAUUCAUGUGUGAGUACUGUAAGAUAUCAUUUAUUGACAAGAUGUUUAUUUUCUCUCUCCCCAAAUGCUAGUAAUGAAGAGGAAAAUAUCAUACAUAAUUACAAGAAAUCCAUAUGAAUAGUCUGCUUCAGCAUGUAA